GGAGGUCGGAAAGCACUCGAUCAUGAGGCGGACGGGGCUCCCUGCUAGAGAUCUUAGGGUUCUUGAUCCGAUGCUUUCUUAUCCGUCGACGAUCUUGGGUCGAGAGAGGGCGAUCGUGAUCAAUUUGGAGCAUAUUAAGGCUGUGAUUACUGCGACCGAGGUUUUGGUUCCGAAUUCGACGAGUCCGCUGGUGGGGCCUUUUGUUCAGGAGCUUCAGGCUAGGGUUUCGGCCCCUCAACAGACAACAGAGAAUGGUGAAACAGGACGAGGAGCCAUGGAGAAGGUGAACUUGAGUGGUAAGAUGGCUGAAGGGAGCCUUGGACUACCGCACUCAGAUGUAGGCAAAGAUGGAGGAGCCAAGAUGGUACCUUUCGAAUUCAGAGCACUUGAAGUCUGCUUGGAAUCUGCUUGUAAAUGCCUCGAGUCUGAGACACUGACUUUGGAGAAAGAAGCAUAUCCAGCAUUGGACGAGUUGACAUCUAAAAUCAGCACCCUUAACCUUGAACGUGUUCGACAGAUAAAGAGUCGAUUAGUUGCAUUAUCUGGUCGUGUACAGAAGGUGAGGGAUGAACUUGAACACCUACUGGAUGAUGACAUGGAUAUGGCGGAGAUGUACCUUACGGAGAAGCUUAUGUCUAAUCGAGUUGGCGAGAUGUCUUCGAGAGGGGAUCUUGACAAUGAUGGUUCUGAAAUGGAUGAAGAGAGAGAUGAAGAUUUUAAAAAUGAGACAGAGAGCAGCCAUGGAAGUUAUAUUGGUUUCAAGCCUAGCAUUGAAGAACUGGAGAUGCUCUUGGAGGCCUACUUUGUGCAGAUAGAUGGUACCUUAAACAAACUCUCCACUCUAAGGGAAUAUGUUGAUGACACGGAGGACUACAUCAACAUAAUGCUUGACGAGAAGCAGAAUCAACUGCUGCAGAUGGGAGUAAUGUUGAGCACUCUAACCCUAGUAUUAACUGCAGGCGUCGUGGUCGUUGGUAUAUUUGGCAUGAACAUUGGCAUUGAUCUUUACAAUGCUCCUAACGGACCUUACCAUAAGUUUUGGGAGACCACAUUCAGUACUUUUGGGGGCUGUGUAGUUCUGUAUAUACUAGCCAUUGGGUGGGGUAAGAAAAGUGGGCUGCUGCAAUGAUCGCUCUCAGUAUGGCAUAGAUCGAGCUAGAACGGCACAUAUGGUAUCUUUGUGCCUCUUACCCUGGAGAUUCUGGCAUUUUGCUCUCGUGUUUUUUUUUUAUUAUUUGAAUUUUCCUGCAAGAAAAUGAUGAAUAUGUAACAUAUAUGAGGAUGAGCAUGUAACAUAAAUGACGCAAUUCCUUAGAGAUAAAACAGGAACGAUAAAGCUUUUUUUUUUUAA